AUGGGUCCUAUUACCCCCCACUGGCUAGUGGCUACUACUCUUCGAGGAAAUACAAGUUUAUCUCCGUGAUAAACAUAUUACGGGAACAAAAGUGUAAUUUUUGCCUUGAAAUCGCUACUUGAGGUAGCGGUUUUACUGUGUGAUAAACGAAAUUUGUUUAUCACGGAGAUUAACUGGCAGCCUCUUGCUCUUCAUGAGUCUACUCUUGCAAUUCUUUUUCUAGUUGGUGUCAAGGUAAUUGACGAUGUGAUGAUUUUCUCUCUCCUUUGACCGCGCCGUUGAUGCUUCGGAAAGCGGCUUUAAUGGAGAACUCUGAGAAGCGGAUUCAAUGGAGAACUCUGAGUGCGCUUCAAUGGAGAACUCGUGAGAAGCGGCAAUGGAGGAGAGAGAAAGGUGGGCGCAAGAACAGAGGAGAAGAGAGAGAAAAUGAAAGGAAUGUGGCUUGAUUCAGUGAUAUAUUUUUGCUGUUUUAGUCUGCCAAGCAAGUGAGUUCUGACUAUGAUUAGUGAUAAAGUAGGGUUUAUCUGCAGUUGGUAGUUAAUUAGUAUAUUGGUGCUUGUUACUGCAAGAAACCUGGCCUUGUGCAUUGUGAUUUUGAGCAUUUAAUUGGGAGAAUCUAGUUAAGGGUAUCGGUUUCGAGGAAGGUUGGUUUUGAUUGUUGCUGUAUCUUUGUGCAUUGAGAUUUUUCACCUUUAGUUGGGAGAAUCUAGUUUGUGGUAUCUGUUUCGAGGAAAGUUGGUUUGGAUUGUUGUUGUAUCUUUGGUGAUGGAUUUCUUUAAAGUAAGGAAAUUUAGGAAAGCUCGUAAACCAAAUCCGCAUGAGGAGUUAGAGGAGAAGCCGAUUCCUCAUCCGGAGGAACCGAACAAUGAGAAUGGCAAUGUUAAUGGUAAAUCAGUUGUUGUGGAUGCUCCUGCUGAUGUGGAUGAUGAUGAUGAUGAUUUCAUCACGAAUGAGGUGAAGAGGAGGUUGAAAGAAUUGAGGAGAAACAGCUUUAUGGUACUGAUACCGGAAGAGGAAGGUGCUGAAGGAGAGGAGGACGGGGAGGAAGGUGAGACAAGCUCAAGUGAGGGAAGAGAUGUGGGAUCUCAAGUUGAACAUUUGUACUGUGAUUUAGAAUCUAUAUACGAAAAGUAUUGUGAGCGGAUGCUGUUCUUUGAUCGGAUGAGUUCUCAGCAACUCAAUGUGGCUGGCCCCAUGAGUCCUUCGACGCCAUCUCCAAGAGCUGGAUCUAGAAAGCUUGUAUCUUCUUUCAGAUGCCUUUCCCUGAAAAAGAUGGAAGAGCCUGAUAGUGACACUGAGCAGCUGCAGCAACCAGAUGAUAGUCCUUUCCAGGACCUCGAAACAGCUUAUGUAGCUCAUAUUUGCUUAACAUGGGAAGCCCUUCAUAGCCAGUACACACAGCUGAGCCAGAAGAUAUCUUGUCAGCCUGAGAAUCCUACUUGUUAUAACCACUGCGCACAGCAAUAUCAGCAGUUUGAGGUGUUGUUACAGAGAUUUAUUGAAAAUGAGCCUUUUGAGCAAGGUUCAAGAGUAGAAAAAUAUGCUCGAAGCCGAAAUUCUUUGUCCAAAUUACUACAGGUUCCGAAGGUGCAAGGUAUCUAUCAGAAUGCGGUUGAAGAUGAGGAAUCAGAUUACAGGAUUCUAGCCCCUGACCUUCUUAAGUUAAUUCAGACAUCAAUCUUGACUUUCUACUCAUUCUUGAGGUUGGAUAAGAAAAAGGCCGGUGGGGUUCGUAAUUUGUUUGGAAGCCAGAAUCAAAUGGCUACACCUCUUCAGCAAGUUCAGUCAGUUUCAGAAAAGAAAGGGUUAAAACUGAAGGAAUUGCGCAAGAAGAAGAGCUUCAAAAAGAAGGCAUGGCCAUCAACACACGAAGAAGUAAUUCUGCUCCUAAGUCUCAUCGAUGCCAAAGUUGUGUCAAGGGUUCUAAGAAUGGCUAUGAUCACAAAAGAUCAACUGCUUUGGUGCGAAGACAAGAUGAGAAAACUCGAUCUGACACAAGGGAAGCUCCACAGGGAUCCCUCUCCCAUUCUGUUUCCUUGUUGAAGGCCUGCAUUGCAAAAGACUCCAUUCUUCACCAUUAUGUUCCAACUCCCUUUCAUCCAACUCUGCGUAUAUGCCUUUUCCGAUUUCCUUCCUUCGAGGCACAAAUGCGGUGGAGAUUUUGUCGUAUGCUGCACUUAGUUAGUAGUCCCUCCUAUGUUCUACCGUCAUUGUGAUGCUGAUUAAUCCUGGGGUGUAGUGAGUCAUAAUGGCUUAAAAACAUUGGCUUCUGACUUAUCAUAUGUUUGAAAAGCCGUUAGUUUAUGCUACCCUUGACUAAUUAUGUAGCUGGGCAUGAAUAUUUGGUGAUCUGCUACUAGUAAUUUUUAAAUCAAUGGCUAUGAUCUCUUCACUCCUGAAAGUAUUGACAGGUUCUUCACUGGCAUUUUGGAGGAAUGGAGGUCUCAACCCUUGUUUUAUUUUAUUGUAUAUGUUUAAUUUUUUAUUUUCAAAUUGAUUUUAAGUAAAUAGGAAUAGAAUAUAUUGAUAUUAUAGCA